UUGUCUCCUGAUAUGCGCUGCGGCGGAUGUCCUUUGGAGGGCUCGCGUUAUCACUGGCUCGGUGAGGCGAGGGUUUGAAUGAGGAGGGUGUGUGAGUCUUCCGGGCGGUUCAUUCUCGCGAGGUGAGCCUACAAUACUACCGAGGCUUAAUCGGGGGAUUCCUUCUCUCGGUCUCCGGUUAUCACUCAAUACAUGAUUUUCCUCGUCGAAUUCAUCAUAAGCCGGCUGAAAGAAGGACAUGCUCCGCGACAAACGUGGAUAUAUAAUACCGACAUCGCAGGGGGAGGGAGACAUGUAAAGUGUCCGAAGCGGCACCUGAUACCGAUUGAACGAGCUAGGGAAUAGCCUACCUCCACAUUCUACUCCGUUAUAUGUUUGUUCAUCUCCAGAGCGCAUUGUCUUUCACUCAAGUCAGGAUCAUCUUCAUGUGGAUAUAAUUACCGACAACGAAGUCCAGGAUGACUGAGGAAAUAUCAGAUGUCCCCAAAGAACUGCUUGAGAGCAUAAAGGAUGCGGUGGGGAGGAAGAUCAGACUGGCCGUGAAGAAGAGGGUUAAACUGGAGAUCAAAGGGGACAAGGUGGAGAACAGAGUCCUGGCGCUUGCCUCUCAUCGGGCCUACAUCCUCACCGCGCGCAUCCCCUCCAAGAUAGAGCAGACUUUCAAUUAUCUGGAGAUUCAAGGAAUCACAUGCAAUAAACCAACACAGCUGGCCAUAGAGUAUGAGCGGGGGCAGGUGUCUCUGAAGCUGGCUUCAACAGAGGAGGUGAAUGAGCUGGUGGCCCACAUCGGCAGCUGCAUGCAGAGGAUAUGUCCAGGACUCUCCCCACCGAAGGUGAUGAAGAAGCUGGUAAUGGAGCCAGCGGACAGAGUGACCAGUCUACAGAAUCUCUGGGACAACCAGAAUCUCCCAGAGCCUGGACCAUGUGGGGGAUUCUCUCAGCAGUAUCGCUGUGUGUGUGACUGGCUCGGCCUGCCCUACAGAGAGGAGGUCCAAUGGGAUGUAGACACAAUCUAUUUGACCCAAGACACCAGAGAGCUCAAUCUUCAGGAUUUCAGUCACCUGGAGAACAGGGAUUUGGUGGCUAUUAUUGCAGUGCUGGAGUACAACCAGUGGUUCACCAAGCUCGCCACCAAGGAUUAUAAACUGCAGAACCCCUCGCCCCCGCCCCCCUCCUCCGGCUCCGGCAUCCGGAGUGUUUUGACUACCCUCGGCCUUCCGGCCUCCACACUCUGCAACGGAACCGGUCCCAGAUCUGCAGACGUGUGCGAGCAGAUCCUGAGGGUGGUGGCCCGGUCCAGUCGCCUGGAGGAGCUAGUGCUGGACAACGCCGGACUCAAGACGGACUUUGCACAGAAGCUGGCUAAUGCGCUGGCCCAUAAUUCCAACUCAGGGCUCCAUACUCUAAACCUUGCCAACAACCCACUGGAGGAUAGAGGAAUCGCCUCGUUGGGUGCCCAGUUUGCCAAACUCCGCAAGGGCCUCACUCAUCUCAAUUUCUCCAAAACCUCACUGUCACCCAAAGGGGUGAAUAGCCUUGCCCAGUCACUCAGUGCCAACCAGUCCAUCCCCAGCACCCUCACCCACCUCGACCUCUCAGGGAACAUUCUGCGGGGGGACGACCUCACGAAUUUUUACAACUUCCUUGGCCAACCAAACAGCUUGACCACUCUGGACCUUUCCAAUACUGACUGUUCGCUCGACCUGGUGUGUUCUGCUCUUCUCAGAGGGUCAGUGCAGUACCUCUCAGUGCUCAACAUGUCCAAGGGAAUCUUCCCCCAUAGGAAGGGAAAGGACAUUCCUCCUGCAUUUAAGCACUUCUUCAGCAGUGCCAUGGUCCUGAGCAAUGUCAACGUGUCUGGAACUAAACUACCACCCGAGGCCUUAAAAGCUCUUCUCCUGGGUCUAGCCAGUAACUCAAAUGUCAAAGAGGUUUCAUUAGAUCUUAGCUGUUGUGAGCUGAGGUCAGGAGGCUCUCAGAUCCUGGAGGGCUGCAUCGCCGAGAUCCCCAACAUCUCCAGCCUGGAUAUCUCCGAUAACGGACUCGACUCUGAUAUGGCCACCUUGUUAGUGUGGUUGGCCAAGAACCGGUCAAUUCGUCAUCUCUCUUUAGGAAAGAAUUUCAACAACAUCAAGUCAAAAAACCUGGCUGCUGUCCUGGACAACUUGGUGCACAUGAUCCAGGAGGAGGAAUCGCCGCUAACGUCGCUGUCCCUUGCGGACUCCAAGCUGAAGACGGACCUGACCAUCAUGCUGAAUGCGCUGGGCAGCAACACCUCACUGACCCGGGUGGACAUCAGUGGGAACGGCAUGGGGGACAUGGGGGCCAAGAUGCUAGCUAAAGCGCUGCAGAUUAACAGCAAGCUCAGGACUGUCAUCUGGGACAGGAACAACAUCAGCCCACAGGGCCUGCAGGAUGUGGCGGCAGCACUGGAAAAGAACUUCACCAUCCGCUUCAUGCCCAUCCCCAUUAUCGACGCGUCCCAGGCACUCAAAGCCAGCCCGGAGAAGACGGAGGAUGCCCUGCUCAAGAUCGAACAUUACCUGUACAGAAACCAUGAAACCCGGAAAUACCUCCAGGAACAAGCUUACAGGUUGCAGCAGGGCAUCGUCACGACAACCACGCAGCAGAUGAUUGACCAGAUUUGUGUGAAAGUCCAAGACCACCUCAACUCGCUAAGGAAUUCUGCUGAGACAGACACGGUCAUCGAUGAUAUCAAGACCGCCGAGAACCUGAUGAAGGACGCCAGAAACUCUAAAACACUCCUGCCCAACCUGUACCAGCUGGGCGCCAUCUCCAGGGAGGAGCUGAAUGGCUCGUCCGUGGGGCCCAUCCAGGAGAAGCUGGACUCCAUGGCGGGGGAGGUGGCCCGGGUCAUGGACGAACAGCUCCAGAGUUUACUGGAGGCGAUGGUGGACGCAGCAGAGGGCCUGUGUCCGCAUGUGAUGCGGAAGGCCAACCUGCGGCAGGACCUGAUGAAGGCCAGCAUGGGCAAGAUGGUGGUGCCACGCAGCUUCGUCAAGAACACCCUGCUGGAGCAGUCGGGCAUCGACAUCAUCAACAAGAUCAGUGAGGUGAAGCUGAGCCUGGCCUCCUUCCUCUCUGACCGCAUUGUGGAUGAGAUUCUUGAGGCCCUCUCCGGUUCCCAGCACACACUGGCUGAACACUUGUCCAGGAAAGGGCAGGCGCUGACGCGCCAGGGCUCUCUGGAUCUGGACGUGCCCGAGGAGAGGGUCUCCAAACGGGGCACCAUGGAGCUCAUGGAGGGGGAGAGGCUGGAUGAUCUGGAGACCUGUAUGAUGACCCCCAAGUCCAAGAGGAAGAGCAUCCACAGCAGAAUGCUGCGGCCUGUGUCUCGUGCCUUUGAGAUGGAGUUUGACCUGGACAAGGCUCUGGAGGAGGUGCCCGUCCACGUGGAUGACCACCACCAGGCUGCCCCCUCCAAGCUGGAGAAGAAGCCGGCAGGGGCCAUGGGGGAGCUGCCCUCGGAGGAGGCCAAGAAGCUGCAGCACUUCACCAAGCUGCGGCCCAAGAGGAACAAGAAGACCAACUCCAGCAAGGUCCCGCAAAUCGCCAGCGCUCCUCCCCAGGAGGGUGAACAGAACGGCCUGAUGGGACGAGUGGAUGAGGGAGUGGACGAGUUCUUCUCCAAGAAAGUCAGCAAAAUGGACAACAAGCGGCCUUCCCUCCGGAGCUCCGACUCCCAGGACGGCGAGAAGAAGAAGAAAGGAGGCUUCCUGAACCUCAUCAAGUCCCGCUCCUCCAGGUCCGACAAGAGCCAUGCCUCCUCCUCCUCCUCCCCCACCCCCACCCCGGCCCCAGCUCCAGCCCCGGCCUCCACCACCACCACCACCGCCUCUGCCCCCUCGGCCUCCAGCUCCACGCCGGCCUCUGCACCAGCGUCCACCACCCCCGUCAUCCUGGAGGAGCCGUCCUCGCCCAAGGUCAGGAGUCCGGCGCCGGAGACCAGGGGCCGAGCCCCCGCGGCGGCGGAGCGCAGCAGCAGCUCGGACCGCUCGGAGGAGCUGAAGACGCCCGACUCCAUCGACUCGCUGGACUCUGAGGGCAGCCCCCAGAGCGGCCGGCGCUACGGCGUGCAGGUGAUGGGCUGCAGCCUGCUGGCCGAGAUGAAGGCCAAGCAGGAGAAGAGGGCCUUCGGCUCCCCGAAGAUGCCAGACUCAGGGUCUUCCAGUCUGGAACGGCCAGAGACUCCUGUGGCAGUUAAGGGCCAGUCGCUCAGCACUGAGAGCAGAUCUGCCGCUGGAGUGAAGAGUGACGGAGCCGUCAGCUCAGAGAAGGCCGCGCCGGCCGAGGCCAAGCCAGACAAGCCCGAGAGGCCGGAGAAACCCGACCCGUCCUCCAAACCCCGGGCCCCGUCCACCUCCCAGACGCCGCCCAGCCCCAAGCCCCCGCCGCAGGGCAGCAAGCCGGCGCUGGCCGCCCGGCCCACCAUCCCUCAGAAGCCUCGGCCCGGCGGCAAGAGCGCCGACGAGGCGCCGGACUCUCCUGGAGCUAGUGCGCCCCCUAAAGGGCCGGUCUUGCCCCACAGCCUGAAGAGAGUGCCCUCAGUGAAGGAGGGGGCCGCACUGGCGAGCCGACGUUCUCCUCAGGACGCGAAGCAGGGCUCCGCGUCCGCAUCUGACCCCACGCUGAGCUCCAACCCGGUCCCGGGCCGACUGGCCGCCCGAGAGAACGGCACCAAGCCCAAGGACCGCUCGCCCGCCGCCGACCGAGACAAGGACAAAGACAAGAGCAAAGGGGAGGACGGCGGCAGCAAAGACUUUGUAUUUAUCUGAGGAGCGCGUGCAGAGACGCCAUGUCCCCCCCCCCCCCCCCCCUCCAACUAUGUCCACUUCCUUCCUUCUCCGCAAGAGCCGUCAGGAAUUGCUCAGAGACUGUUAGAGAAGCUGCCUUCCCACCUCUGCUGUAGCGUUAGCCCUCAGGUUCUCCCGCCCCUUUACAGCCAGGCCUCGCUCUGUUUCGGAGAGCUAAACUGGGAUCAGUUUGACCUUUUUUGAACUUUAAAUAAAUGAGGUUAGUAAAUGCGCAGGGAAUCCCUGGUCACAGGUCAGCACUCUUUUAAGAGCUUUCACGAGUACUGGUCCAGGUUUUUUUUGGACAGGCAUGUGUGCGGACGAUGUAUGCAUGUUCUAUGAGUUUGUGCUGUGUGAAUCUGAAAGGACGGUCCAGGACCGUCCACUCUCUCUCUCUGUCCGCCGCAGGGCCAGUGUCUGAUUUGUCCACUUCUCACGCCCCGCACUUCAUCGGCUCAUUUGUUAGGGAGAUUUGAUCGUUCUUCCAGAAGUUUCCAUUUCCCUUUUCUUCCAGGCCUUAAUCCUAAGAUACUGAUCUUAAAAACAUCCUCCUCCUCCUCCUCCUCCUCCUCAAUCCCAUCCUUGAAUGGGGUUGCCUGCCAUUGCAGUGAAGUGUCAGGUGUCUGCAGUAGACCUACUGCAGUGAAUCACCUCAGCCCUGUAAUGUGGCAAAAGGGCUCAAAGCACUGUGAUCAAAAGAACAGGGUGUUUAACCACUGUUCAAACCAGUUACACUCUACAAGG